AGUCAAGUCAACUACGAUAUCUCCGGAGUUUAAGGUUGCCGGCUCACAAAAACUCCCAUACAUACAUACCAGUCAGUAUAUGACAUCACAGAUGGAGGACUCAUCGGAGAUACUACAAUCGGAGCUGGCUAUCGAAAUCGAUCCUCCGAUGAAAGAGAACCACGCGUCCGCUGAAGAUUGGAGAAAAGCGCUGCAGAAGGUUGUUCCGGCGGUGGUGGUGCUCCGUACGACUGCGUGCAGAGCUUUUGACACCGAAUCCGCACGUUCAGGCUCUGCUACAGGGUUUGUUGUUGAUAAACGUCGCGGAAUUAUACUCACUAACCGUCAUGUGGUCAAACCAGGUCCUGUUACAGCGGAAGCUAUGUUUGUUAAUCGUGAAGAGAUUCCGGUUUAUCCGAUAUAUAGAGAUCCUGUGGGUUCACGAUUUUGGAUUCUUUCGCUAUGAUCCUGCUGCAGUGAAGUUUCUGAGCUAUGAAGAGAUACCUCUUGCUCCUGAAGCUGCUUCUGUUGGACUGGAAAUUAGAGUUGUUGGUAAUGAUAGUGGAGAGAAGAUCUCUAUUUUGGCUGGUACUCUUGCUCGUCUGGAUAGGGAUGCACCACAUUAUAAGAAAGAUGGCUACAACGAUUUCAAUACAUUCUACAUACAGGCAGCUUCAGGUACUAAAGGCGGUUCGAGUGGGUCCCCGGUCAUUGAUUGGCAAGGAAGGGCAGUUGCAUUAAAUGCUGGUGGCAAGACUUCUAAUAGUUCCUCAGCAUUUUUCUUUCCUUUACAACGAGCGGUGAGGGCUUUAACUAUGUUGCAAAAGGGGAGAGAUUCGUAUCAAGAUAAGUGGGAGGCUGUUACAAUACCUCGUGGUACAAUCCAGGCAACCUUUGUCCACAAAGGAUUUGAUGAAACCCGUCGGCUUGGUUUGCAAAGUGAAACAGAGGAGUUGGUUCGCCAUGCAUCUCCACUAAGUGAAACCGGGAUGCUUGUAGUUGAUUCUGUGGUGCCAGGUGGCCCAGCUUAUAAACAUUUGGAGGCAGGUGAUGUGCUUGUUCGCAUGAAUGGGGAGGUGAUUACUCAGUUUCUGAAGAUGGAAAUUUUACUUGACGACAGUGUGGGCCAAAAUGUCGAGCUAGAGUUCGAAAGGGGCGGCAAGUCUUUAACUGUUCAGUUGGUGGUUGAAGACUUGCACUCCAUAACUCCAAACUACUUUUUGGAGGUUAGUGGCGCGGUUAUACACCCGCUCUCAUAUCAACAAGCUAGGAAUUUCCGUUUUGAGUGUGGUCUUGUAUAUGUCUCAGAACCUGGUUACAUGCUUUAUAAAGCUGGGGUCCCACGGCAUGCCAUUAUAAAGAGAUUAGCCGAUGAAGACGUUUCAAAUCUUGAAGACUUCAUUAGUGCUCUAUCCAAGCUGUCUAGAGGAGCUCGGGUUCCAAUGGAAUACAUAUACUACAAAGAUCGCCAUAGAAGGAAGUCUGUUAUUGUUACAGUGGAUCGGCAUGAGUGGUAUGCUUCACCUCAAAUAUAUAGCCGUGACGACACUUCUGGUAUUUGGACAAGAAAGCCGGCCCUGCCCUCCGAUUCCCAACUUAUAUCUUCUGCCAUUAUACAAGUUGCUAAUGGUAUUGCCAGCAUGGACACUAGUAGCUCUGCUGAUGGUACUGUGAUUGCUGAGGUGGAAGAUUCAACGUCGCCAGGAGAUAUAGUCGUGAGUGAUGAAUAUGACACAUCAGCAGACUCUUGUAAUGCUUCUGUUGCUGAGCGUGUAAUAGAGCCCACUCUUGUCAUGCUUACGGUUUAUGUACCAUCAACAUGUAUGGUUGAUGGUGUCUAUACACAACAUUUUAUUGGAACUGGUGUGAUUAUAUAUCAUUCAGAAGAAAUGGGAUUGGUUGCAGUUGACAAGAAUACCGUUGCCAUAUCAGCAUCUGAUAUCAUGCUUUCCUUUGCUGCAUUUCCAAUCGAAAUUCCCGCGGAGGUGGUAUUUCUGCAUCCUGUUCACAACUAUGCAAUUAUUGCAUAUGACCCUUCUGUCAUUGGACCUGCUGCUAAUUCAGUUGUGCAAGCUGCUCAACUUCUUCCAGAACCUUCAUUGCGGCGUGGAGAGAAUGUAUAUCUCGUGGGAUUAAGCAGGAGUUUACAAGCAACAUCUAGAAAAUCUGUUGUUACCAACCCGCGUGCCGCUCUAAACAUAAAUUCAGCUGAUUCACCGCGUUAUAGAGCAACCAACAUGGAAGUUAUAGAGCUUGAUACCGACUUCGGUAGCAACUUUACAGGAGUACUGACUGAUGAGCAUGGAAGAGUUAAAGCUUUAUGGGGGAGCUUUUCGACUCAGAUCAAAUAUGGUGUGAGCUCAUCUGGAGAUCAUCAAUUUGUGAAAGGUAUUCCGAUACAUUCAAUUAGCCAAGUUCUUAGUGAAAUAAUAUCAGGCGCGAAAGGACCGUCACUUCUAAUAAAUGGUAUUAAAAGACCAAUGCCUCUAAUUAGGGUUUUAGAGGUUGAGUUUUGUUGUACUUUACUUUCCAAGGCUAGAAGUUUUGGUCUCAGCAACAACUGGAUCCAAGCUCUUGUGAAGAAAGAUCCUGUUAGACGUCAAGUUCUACGGGUCAAAGGUUGUUUAGCAGGAUCAAAAGCUGAGAAUCUAUUAGAACAAGGUGAUAUGGUUCUUGCGAUCAAUAAGAAACCAGUUACAUGUUUUAAUGAUAUUGAAGAUGCAUGCCAUGCGUUGGAUGUGUCUGAUGACAUGGAUGCAAAACUUGAAUUCACCAUCUUUCGUCAGGGACGUGAAAUGGAGGUUGAAGUGGGAACAGAUAUAAGAGAUGGCAACGGCACCACACGUGUAAUUAACUGGUGCGGAUGUUUGGUACAAGAUCCUCACCCAGAAGUACGUGCCCUCGGGUUUCUUCCCAAAGAGGGCCAUGGUGUAUAUGUCGCAAGGUAUUCCUCUGGGAGUCCUGCGCAUAGAUAUGGUUUAUAUUCUCAACAAUGGAUUGUGGAAGUUAAUGGAAAACCAACUCCUGACUUGGAUGCUUUUGUCAAUGUCACAAAGGAAAUUGAAGACGGAGAAUUUGUUCGUGUAAAGACAGUCCAUUUAAAUGGGAAGCCAAAGGUGCUGACACUGAAACAGGACCUGCACUACUGGCCUACAUGGGAGCUUAGAUUUGAUCCUGAAACCGCCACAUGGCACAGAAGGAUUAUUAAAUCAUUGGAAAUUGAAGAUAACCUAUGAACACUGGAUUCGUGUUUCCUUGAUUCAUACAAGGAUUAUCUAGAUGUUAUUCAAGAUUCUGAGCUGCAAUACGCGGGCUAUAUACGUAUGCUCACAGAUGUAUACAUUGUAGCAUGUACAUAUAAUUUCAAAUUAUCAUAAACCAUAGCAGUGUAAAGUAAUCUAAACAAUUGAUUUACUGAUGUGUACUAUACCAUACAAAACUGAAUGCUAAAUAAAUGUGUUUUGGGCUUUU